UGUGUUUGUGUGUGUUUGUGUGGGGAGGGCGUUUCGAGGGAAGGCUGCGGAGAGCGCCGAGGCUGUGGCGGGGCAGGGAGCCCGCUGACAGAAAUGGGGGUGUUUUCCCCGACUUCCCCUUGGAAACCUCAAGCUCCCCCUGAGGCACGCUAGACACUUCCCGGGGCCCAACGGAAGGCCGUGCCCAUGCCCCGUGUCCCCUUUCUGUCCCGGGAGUGAAACCGAACCGCCGGGCGCCGUCCCAGCCCAGCGAGAGCGGGGAAUGCCCCGGUCCGCCCGCAGGCCGCGUUCCGCGCCUGCGCCCGCUCUGGCCUGGGUCCCGGAGAGAGAGCCGCCUGGCGGGCUCGGCUGGGGGAAGGCAGCCGUAGCCUGGGCCUCGGGUGAGGGCACUGUAACCGGUGGGAAGGCUGCGUUUUCACGAAGGACUCGGGUGAAGCUGCAGAGCUGCCUUUCAGCCCUGACUCCUUGGCUUCCUGGGUCGGAGGAGAUCUUGUAAUGGAGUGGUUCUUCGUCUCACACUAACAAGAUGCCUGAUUUCCUCAGGAUCGAGGGAUUCAAGAAUGUCACGGGUUCCAUUGGGGAAAGUCCUCCUGAGGAAUGUCAUCCGGCAUACAGAUGCUCACAAUAAGAUUCAGGAGGAAUCCGACAUGUGGAAAAUCAGAGAACUAGAGAAGCAAAUGGAGGAUGCUUACCAGGGGACCAGAAGGAACACAGUACCCAGCAGCUCAAGUCGGAUGAGAAGUGAUGGUUUUGAUGAAGAAAGUCAGAGAGACUACUGGAGGUCAAAGAAUGAAAUUUCUGGGGCCCUGGAAGAUGAUUUUCUUAAGGCUAAAUCCUGGAACAAGAAGUUAUAUGAUUAUGAAUCCAAUAUACCAGACAGAUGGGGUCACAGUGGUUAUAAAGAGUUGUAUCCUGAAGAGUUUGAAACAGACAGUAGUGAUCAGCAAGACAUUACCAAUGGGAAAAAAACAUCUCCCCAAGUAAAAUCAUCUGCCCAUGAAUCCCGAAAACAUAAGAAGUCAAAGAAAUCCCAUAAGAAGAAGCAGAAAAAACGGUCACACAAAAAACAGAAGAAAAACAAAAAGGAAGCUCCGGACAUAACAGCAGAUUCAUCGAGUGAGCCCUCAGAGGAAACUCGAGCUUCUAGUGCCAGGAAAAGGAAGCAACCACACAAGAGCAAGAAAAAGUCCAGGAAAAAGUCUCCUAAGAAAUCUUCACCUUUAGGGGGAGAAAGUGAUACUUCUCAGACAGAUGAUUCUGCAUCUAGCAGUUCUGAGGAAAUGGAGGAAAGAGACACUAAGAAAACUAAAAGGAAAAAGAAAGAGAAGAAUGUCCAUGUUCCCAUGCCUGACCCUGAGGUACCCGAGAGGACAAGCAAGCGCAGGAAUUGGAAGGUGGCUACCGAUGCAAGGUCUGCUGAGAGCUCAGAGGAUGACUAAGUGGGAGAGCCACGGUCCUUCUUCCCACUGACUCUUAAAAAGGGGGGUGGGUUGCCGGUGACUCCUUCAGGAGUCUGAGGUCAGAGGUCAGAGUUGUCCUGCCAGAUGCCCUUUUUCCUACCUUGGCUUGUUAGUCUCCAUCCCCUUUUGUUAAUCGGGAAUCUGGUAUUUUGUUAAGGUUUCUUGAAGAGAUUAUUUUUUUCAAUUAAUCACUUAGGGUAGAAGACCUAUACAGCAAAUUAAAGAACCCAGAAAGCUGAACUCAGUAAUGACCUGGGCACACCAAUCAGAAUGUUGGAUUUGGGGGAAUCAGGAGUCCAGGAUGAAGGGAGGACUGCAGUAGUGCUAAAUAGAAUGGUUUGACAAGGAGACCUUGCUGUGUAUACAGGAGGUAGACUGGCUUCAGCUUUGGUGCUUUGGUUCUUCUGCAGUUGGGCCCUAUAGGCAUCUAGUUUAGUGAGGAAAUAAUUAUAAGAACAAACCCUUUCUCUUCGUGGUAAUAUCUACAGAUGACUGCUAAGGAACAUAGGGUUUUCAGCCUAAUUUCCCUGCUGGUCAGGGAGGGUCUACAGCUACAUUUAGCAUAACUCGAACAUAACAGUAACUGGAUAGUAAAUGUUUUUCUAGUUCCAUUGCUGUAUAUUGCCUAAAUGGGCUUGUGUUUGAAAUUAUUUGUUUAGUUGUCCUACCUAUCACAUGAAAAGAAUUAGGAAGUAGUUAUGUUGCCAAUGAUGCUUUCAAAGAGAUUCAGGGCAACAGCCAUCUAAAUGUCUUUUUCCUCCCCUUUUUGUCGAGUUGGGGAUUGAACCGAAAGGCCUUGCAUAUACUAGGCAAGUGCUCUACCAUUGAGCCAUACCCCCCAGUCCUGUUGUUUACCCUUUUCAUUUCUAAUUCUAUUAAUGGAUUUUAGAUUUUCCCUGAAACCAGUUGAAUCAAUUCCAAAAUGAAACACUUCUCAGGGACAUACCCAUUUCCCAGUCUUUGUGUUUUGAGUACCAAGAACAUUAUUUUCCCCUGCUAUAUACUGUGAUCCUGAUACUAAAAGAAACCAAAAUACCACUGGAAAGUGGCUGGUAGAAGAGUUGACUUUUCAUUAAGAGGAAAGAUAAAGUGACAUUGUCAGGGUUUUGAGGUUGUCACUUUGGUACUGAGUGAAAUGCAUUGCAACUCAAGAUUAUGGGUCAUGGUUCUGCCACUAAUGGAUUGAGUUCUAGAGCAGGUUAACUAACCUCCCUGGCCUUACUUUUUGCAUGUGUAAUACAAAGAUACUUCAUGGUUAGCAUGACAGACACCAGCAAUAGAAUAUGACAAUGCUGACAUCCCAUGAAGUGGCAUUUUAUAGUUCUAACUAAAUUUGUGCUCUUUGUGGAACAUAUUUCUAAUAAAGUGCUUGUUCUUAAAACACAUGGUUGGCCAGAUGUGCCCUAUCCCUUGAUUAUGAGGAGGUGCCGCCUUUUGGGAUACUGAAACACUAAUGACUUUAGUACUCAAAUGCCAAUGUCCCAUGGUAUAUUCUUUUCCUUGGGUUUAGUGGAGGGAGAGUCUAGUUACUACCUCAUAACCUUCUAGAAGCAAGUGAUAUCUUUGUUGGAAGUAGUUUUGGGCAUGCAUUUUUAGUGCGGUUUUGUGCUACAAAUGCACUGAUUCUAAGCGCAGACUCAGGAAGAUGGUCCUGCAGAAUAAGGUACUUCCAAGUUUGAGUUUUGACCUUACAUUCCUUCCAUACUGACAGACUUAUCUUUUCCCCAAGGAAAGCACAUUUUGCCUGAUUUAUUUUGACGCCCCUCCCCACCACGUUCCAUCCUUUCUUGGUUACAUAAGCAAUAAAAUUGUUUCUGUUCUAAUCCAUGCCUUAGGUUAAGGCUUUGAUGGUUCCUCUAAUCCCCUAACAAUGGUUUAAGGCCACUUUUGAAAACUAUUUGCAUUACCAGUCCUGGAACAUUUCUUGUCAGUGUUCCUUAGAGAUGAUUAUGUUGAAUCCUAAAUUGGGAUUUAGAAGAAAAAGCAUUGAUCGGAGACUUCACAUUUAUUAACUGGUGUGAUACAACUUGGAAUUACUGAAUUCCAAUAAAUAAAAUUUCACUUGAA